UGCCGAAUGCGUCCGAAUUGCAAGCAAGGAAGAGUAAUAGUGAGAAAUAGAAUUAGAAAGAGAGAAAUAGACAGGGUGGGAGAGGAAAAAAAAGAGUGAGAGAAAGUCCAUCAUGGGGUUAAAGUGUGUUGGGUUCCUCAGUAUAUGCUAAACAAUUGUGCGACGCUCACUAUUUUUAAGAUUAAUUCCUUCAGAUUAAAAUAAGCUUUGUUAAAUAUUUACCUAUGUACUUUUGUUUUUUUUUAUUAUUCUAUCACUGAUAAUCUAUCUGAAAAACAUUAUAUCUACUAUCUAAUUAAAAUUAGUUUCUAGCCAAGCCGAUGACGUUCUUUAAAAUCAAAGUAAAAUAUUUCUUUCUUUUCUUAAGAUAAACGAUUAAAGUAGCAGUAGAAGUGGCAGGGGUGUAUCCUCAGAUAUCAAACUCUUGUUUGGUCAACUUGAAUCUCGUAUAUCUUAAUCAUAUUGUCACCUAUAGAAACAAGUGUACAGCUGAUCAAACCAAGAAUGAAUAAUCGACGCCGUGAGAAGAACUGCAGUGGUGAAACGUAUUGAUUGAGAUUAAUAUUUUUAAUUCUAAUGCUUUGUGUUGUGUGCAAACUUUAACACAACUUGUCUUGACACUGUUAAUUGUACUAUGCUUUCCACUUUAUUCCCAGAAAAUUAGCGCAGUAUGCUGCGUCACCAAUUCGCUUGACUGGACUACCGUUUCAUGAACUGUUUAGAAAUGCUGCAGACGCGGGUCCUCUAGAUAUAGUGAAGCUUCGUAAAGCAGAUAAAUUAGUCAAUAUUUCAUCUCAUUUGCUGGGAAAUUUACCUGAUGACCCCUAUAUACUCCAGGUAGUUGGUGUCCAUCCCGAUACAUCAGGGAUAAUUGAAGUCAAUUGGUUAUGCACCCUAGAUAAACGAAUUGCUGCUUUAGAACGUGAAUUAAAUGAAUACUGUGAAACUUCAGCAAAAGUUUCUUGUCUAUCAGUACGAGAGGUUAAAAAACAGGUCGAUUCUUUUAAGGAAAAGCUUGAGAGUAUCGAGCAUCUGAGUUGGCUGGGUUUCUACAAGCAGCUUCCAGAACCUAUCUCAUCUGCGACCGGCCAUCAUUUACAGUAUCGUCGUAAGAGUAAUAGCCUGAAACAAAGAGUGCGUGAAAAAUUCCUACAUAUUUGUGACAUCGCAUUGGUUUCGCAUGCCCGUGAAUUGCUGCGCUCACCGACCUUCGAUGCCAAACAAUGGGAAGACGAGGAAUUGCUACUGAUGCUGCAAACUAUGUUUAUCGAAUUAGAACUUUUACAAAAAUACAACAUAACUCUAACAACCCUUCGAAAUUUCAUCUUUGAAGUCUACAAUAACUACAAUGAGGUUCCUUUUCACAACUUUAGACAUUGUUUCUGCGUGGCACAGAUGAUGUACGCCAUCGUGUGGGCAGUGGAUCUAGUAACAAAAAUAGGUGAUUUGGAAGUAUUUAUACUACUAGUGUCAUGCAUCUGUCAUGAUCUUGACCAUCCAGGCUAUAACAACAUCUAUCAAAUAAAUGCACGUACAGAGCUGGCACUUCGUUACAACGACAUUUCACCUCUAGAGAAUCACCACUGCUCAGUUGCAUUUCGCGUUCUAGAAGCCCCGGCAUGUAAUAUUCUAGCAUCGUUUGACUCCAUUACUUAUCGAACUGUACGCGAAGGUAUCAUACGUUGCAUACUUGCUACUGAUAUGGCCAGACAUAAUGAGAUUCUUGCUGAAUUCACUGAUGCUAUGUCCGACUUUGACUACACUAGUACAGCUCAUGUCAAUCUUCUCUCGAUGAUACUUAUCAAAGUGGCGGAUAUUAGCAAUGAAGCGCGUCCGAUGGAUGUGGCAGAGCCUUGGUUGGAUAGUUUACUACAAGAAUUUUUCAAACAGAGUGAUGCCGAAAAACUCGAAGGCCUUCCUGUGACGCCAUUUAUGGAUCGAGACAAAGUUACCAAACCCUCAUCACAAUGUAGCUUUAUCGGUUUGGUAUUAUUACCGCUUUUUGAAGCUCUUGGAAAACUUUUUCCUGUGCUUCAGGAGUUGAUAGUGGAACCUGUCCGCUAUGCACUUGAUUACUACAGACAAUUAAAUGAAGCAGCAAAAGAUGAACGGCUCCAACGUAAGAGUUUAGUUGAGCUGGCUGAGCACGCACUAGGUUCGCAAGUGCUGGUUUCAAGCAACGGAAAUAAAGCGAAUAUCGAAUGUCAAGAACAGAUGACAACAAUAAUGAGGUGUUCCUCUAUUCAGUCAAUCAAUAGAGUUAAGCAAACUCAACAAGAGCAAAAUCAUCGUCAUUAUUUUGAUGAGCAGCUACAACAAUCAUCAAAUUUUAUGAUGAAAUCGACAUCAAUAAAUUCGAUGCGCUCAGAGCUUUCAAAAAGUAUGUUACAUCCACGUUCACAUUCCAUUGAAGAUGAACAGAAUGAUAGUAAAUAUAAGAAACUCUCAAUGUAUGACGGUACAACAAAUCUAUCGAUCAGUGACCCUGAGACCGUAACCGAAGUCGAAGUGAGUGAAAAAACACUUAAAUUUAAAAUCUCAACCGAGGGUGCUAGCGGUUCUGGUCGCAAAUCUUAUCCAGGCAGUCGUAAGGGUAGUCGAGAAAAGUCUUCACUUGACUAUUAUAAUUACGAGCAUGAGCAUCAAAAGAUUCGAGAUGAAAUCGUGUAUAACGAGCUAAAUUCGCCUCAAAGUUUUUGUUCCACUGACGAAAUGCACAUCCAUAAAGAAGUUGAACGUGAUGCUCAACAACGCGUUAAAAUGUUAUUUACCGAGGACCAAGCGAUACUAAACGGCUGCUUCACCCCAAACACCGAUCAACAACUCCGAUACAAACAUCGCAAUAAACGUACUCUUAGUUACGAAAGUUCAACCACUGAUACUGAUUGUUCCCAGUCCUUUAAUUCCAAUAAUGUCACCAAGAAUCAGAUGGUAAAUACUGCCCGAGUAACCUCCGAUUAUUCUCAGAAUCAACUACUCUACAAUGACAUGACCUAUCAUGAGCACUUGGCCUAUUGCUGCUGUGACGAUAAACCUGAGGUAAAUAAUCAAAAAUCAUUAAUAUCACGAUUACGUCAUUUUACUGACCGACUAAAUAUCAGCUUUGAUUCUAAAGAUACAAAAGUAUUCAAGAAUGUCAAAUGUUCGAAUACAAAGAGUUUGAAUAAAACCUUAACCAUGAAUGCCGCUUGUUCUACUAUUCAACAUCAGCAGCUUAAUAACAAUACAAUAAUGUGCAAAAGAUGUAACUUAUACAAAACAUUACCUAAGGUGAAGUACUUCCAGAUAGGGAAACAAAAAAGUUGGCGUACAGUAUUUGUCAAAGAAAAAAGAUCCACUAGAUCAUUUGAAACUUUACCGAUUGACAGCAUAUUUAGUAAUACAAACAACCGAAUCAAUGAUAGACAAAGUUUAUCCAAUUCCGAUGGUAAAAGCAUUGAAAGGAAUGUAUUAUCUACAAAUCCUACUAACUGUAGCAAAUUCAAACAGAUGGAAUUUCAAUCAGAUAAUCCAGAAAUAUUCAGCGAACGGCUAGACGCUGAUAGUUCGAGCGCUAUUGCAGAUAUCGGUGUGAUGGAGAUUCGUAAAAGCUCAGCAAGUAUGGAAGAUAUAUCAAAGAUUACUAAACAGAGCGAUCUGGGUCAAUAUCUACUAGGCACAUUCGAACAAGUUAGUAAAUCAGAUGAAUUUCAGCAGCACACUGGUAGUCUCGAUUCUAUACUUACCAAGAACAUACACACAACUCACAGACGAAAUAAAUCCAGCAAACCAAAAGUUAAUCAGCAUCUUGGCAACGUUAUGACAGACUCACUUAUUCAGCCCAAAAAAUCAUUAUCAGGAUUGUUCUCAAGAUUAAAAUUAGGCAUAAGUAUUGAUGGUACACGUAGCAAUAGUAAUAGCGACUCUCUUCAUGAUCAGCACCAACCAUCGCAACAAGGUUGGCUCAGCAAUCUGACUGCAAGCUUUCGGUCUAAGCGUGAGACCUACGAACAGUCAGAGCUACUGUCUCAGCUGUCCACUCCAUUUAAUGAGGAAGACGUGAAAUGACAUGAGGUCCAUGUCAAAUGUAGACACGAUUGCUGGCCUGAUAACCAUUUAUGCUGCAAACGCUGACUCAUUAGUUAUUCUUUAUCUUAAGUAGAACUGGCUAGCCAAAAUCCCACAUGAAUUUCAAAUUUCUAAAAUGUUUACAUCUCUGCACUAUAAGCUAGCAUAGUUAAUUUAGAGAAUUUGACUAUAAGAAGAAUUUCUUAUGCAUAUAUGAGUAUUCCAUAACCCAUUAAUUAUAUUAUUUUACA